UUUAAGUCGUUGCGAAACAAGAUAAACAUUAUUUUAUUUUUAUUUUUUCGUCGAUUUGGAAAAAAAAAAGAUAUGAAAGUGUUUUUGUGGUUCGUAGCGGUUUGUUUGUCAAUGGCGUUGGCACAACCAGUGAAUUUGCGGGCCGAAGAAGAGGAAGAGAACGAAGUGGACAACAGCAGUGAUUCAGACUUGUACAAUGGCCUAAUGCAUUUGGGAGCAGCGAUUUUUGGUACUCCGGACGUCAAGUCGGGCCAAGCAGUGUCGACAUGGAAAGAGACCAGUCAAUUAAAUCCCGAAGAGAUGGGCGAGUACGCCGAGGGUGACAUAUUACACCCGAUUGGAAAUGCCCGGAAUGGGUUGAAAGCUGUAUCGUCUAGAUGGCCUAAAGGCGUCAUCCCCUACGAAAUCAGUCCAGCUUUCGGGUCAAGCGAUAGACAGUUGAUAUUGAGCUCAAUUGAUGAAUACAAAAAACUUACAUGUCUAAAAUUCACACCCAGAACCUCUUCUGACACUGAUUACAUUUACUUCACUAAUGGUAACACGGGAUGUUGGUCGUCAGUGGGAAAAAUCGGAGGAAGACAAGAAGUGAAUCUACAAAGUCCGGGAUGUCUGACGAAGAAGGGUACAGUAAUGCACGAAAUGCUUCACGCAGCUGGAUUCAUGCACGAACAAAACAGACCGGAUAGGGAUCAGUUCGUCACCGUCAACUACAACAAUAUCCAAUCGGGUAGAGAGAAUAAUUUUGAAAAAGCUCAUAGUUCGAUGAUUGACAGCCAAGGUAUAGGCUACGACUACCGUAGCGUAAUGCACUAUUCGGCCAACGCUUUUUCGAAAAAUGGUCAGCCGACUAUCGAUCCUAAGACACGAGGAGUGACAAUGGGUCAGAGAGACGGUUUAAGCAGAAAAGAUAUUCAAAAGAUUCAAAAGAUGUACAAUUGCAAAAGAAUGAAUUCAGAUUCGGGAUCUGGAAACAAUUUAUUUGAAGCUGUGCAAGGCUGGUUGCCGUUUAAAUGAUUCAUUGUCAAUUAAAAAAAACAACAAUUAUCUACGACUUUAUAUCCAUCCACAAGGUUAUCAAAAUCGUUUAAAUUAUUAAUUAAUGAUUACUGUAUCAAUAAUGUUGAAAUGAUAUUCAUCGUAAUAUAUUUUUAGUUUUCAAUACAACUUACAAACAUAUAGUAGGUACCU